GAAAAACAAACUGAGCAUCAUGACAGCUCUGAUGAUCAAAGUGCCUCUUUACCUGAACUUGACGUAGCAACUGAAUCACCUUCUACAGAAGAAGUAGAGUAUGAUACGGUAGCUACACAUGAUGCUGCUGAAAGAGCUGCAGAAGACACAGAAAUGGAGCAGAAACACGCAGUGGAGUCAGAAAAGAGUGAAACCAAAGAUAAACCCGCAAAAUCUGAAGUGGAAUCUGUGGCCGAAGAAGAUUUUGUUUCAGAAAACGAACCGGUGUCGAUUUCUGAAGGAGUGCAAAUACCUGAGUUAAAAACUACACUUGGAACGACAUUUGAUGCCGUCGCCACAGAUGAAGAAAUCACUAAGAAUGUUACCCCAUAUGAAGAGGAGGAAAUUGAGUAUGAGGAGGAUCCUCCCAAAGAUGACAUUGAUGUUAAAGUAGAAACUCCGUUGCUGUCUUUCUCUAAAGAAACCGUGAACACUCCAGCCUCCGAUCACGUCAAAGAGCUUGAAAGUCCUUCAACGGCGCAUGAUGAUAAAACAGGCACUGUACCGGAGAAGAACAUGUGGACAACACUUGGAGACGCUGUUUUUUCAGUUGUCACCGGAGGAGAGACAACAGCGCAUGAUUUGAGUUCAGAGGAAGAUGAUGAUGACGAGGACGAGGAAGAAGCUGCUGUUCCAGAAACCCCUCCGAGUUUUAAACAGAUGAAGACAGAUGUUGAAGAACCAAUAUCAGUAAAAUCCCCAAAAGAGCCAGAAAACAUAGAGCCAGUUCUUCUAGAUCCUCCUUCCAGCACUAUACAAACAGAUAAUAAAGGGACAGACAAUAACUCUGAGAAACUCUUGGUUGUUGAUGAGGAUGAUGAUGAUGAUGAGAGUGAUGAUGAGAGUUAUGGAGAAGUGAUCGGACCUGAGGACGCUUGGGAGGAAACAUUACAACCAACUGAUGAGCCAGCGCACAAUAAAACAGAAGCAAGUACAAAGUCAGUGGAUCCAUUAUCACAAGAUGAUACUUCUGUCGUUCAAGAGGCUCAAAAAUCCGAUCUCCAAACAGCAGAUGAACCCAUUGAGCACGAAGAGGAUGAGGAGGAAGAGUCAAAAGAUACAGAGGUCAGUAAUGAUAAUGCAGGUGUACAGGACAGUCGCGUUGCAAUGGAUCAUAGCGAGGAUUUAGACAACGAAAUGGCCGAAAACAAAACAGGGACCGAUCAAGAAUUAGCCAGUACCGAACCUGAAACACAUCAGGACCCGUCCACUGAGGAGGAGCAGUCAGAGGAUUCAGAUGUCAAAGAUGAUGAUAGCAGUCUACCUAAUCAGAUACAUGAGAGUUUAAUGGCCAAUGUAGAGAGUAAUAACAGUCAACCAGAAUUAUCUGUGGAGGAACCAGAGGUUCAGCUCCUUACAGAGGAGCUGGAAGAUGAAAUAGAUACAGAGAUGGAGGAAGAGAAAGAAGAGGAGACAGAAGAAUUACUUGAAGAUGAAAAUGCACUUCCUUUCUCACAAGCAGACGAUACAGACGAACCCUCGCCUGAAACCACUCCAGAGCCAGAAUAUAACGAUGGCGUGAUGAGACUGACUCUGCUUCGAGCCCACUUCACAGAGAAGAACAUGGAGCGGAUCCAAAAGCUUCUGGGUCUCAAGAAUAUCUUCAAAGUAGAGGCCAUGUUCUCCGACUUGGACACAGAAUUGCAGGCUACCCGUCUCUCGCACACAGGUAACACACAAGACAUUGAAAAUGCACUCGAGGGCAUCCUGGAAGCCUCUGAGAACUCUAUCCUGGACGAGAUUGAGAAAAUGUUGGAUAGCCGGGGCACAAAACGCAGUUAUGACCAAAACAUGGACACUAAUAGUUUGGAUGAGGAGACUGAAAUACUGGAUGACUUCCAGGAGCUUGCAUUCAGCCUGCGACAGAAGUAUUCAACAGCCAGCGACAGCACGCCUUUGUCAACAGAAAAAUCAUCAGAUAUUAACGGAGAUGAACAUGAAUUAAAUGUAAAAGAUGACACUGCCCACGUUGUUGAAGAGGAAAAGGUCGACAGCGUCCCUGAGGCUGAGAGUGAUGAUAACGUCACAGUAACAGAUCUUGGGGAAAGCACAGCAGAGACUAAAGAAGAGCAGAUCGUUUCGGACGAGGCGCGCAGUGGACCAGAUGUCAGCGUGGAGGAAGAUGGUGGACACUUUAACAGAAACAAAGACAAUCAGCCGAGCUUCAGCGCAUCAGAAGAGAUGCCAAACGUCCCUCAAGCCACCCUGGAAAAUCCCUUAGAUAUGGGCCUUGGUGUCGAGGUUGAGCACUCGCCCUCAGGUUCUUUGGACUCCAUGGAACCAGUGUCUGAAAUGCACGAAGAAGAAGUGGGAUUAUUCUCAACUGGAAUUGUUUACAUGAGCUGCAUCCUUUCGAUAAUCAAGAAUAAAAUUGCUGAGUGGACCAUUGUGAUUAUUUCACUCCUCCCAGAAGAGUGGAAGCCGGGGGAAACCUUGUUUGGCUGUCCUUGGCAAGCUGUUGUCAUCACGGCUUUGGUUGGAGUAGUGACCUUCACCCUCUUCUUCUGGAGGACCGUGUUGGCAGUAAAGAAGAGGGAAUACCUCGUGGAUGAAAAAAAGCUGACCGAGCAAAUUCAGGCCCUGAAAAAAGAGAAGAAUGAUGCUCUCACCAAAAUGUCUGAACUCCAGAAACAGACUGAACAACUGAAAGAAAAUCAAAAACAGUCCAAAGAAACAGUUAGUAGUACAAUGAAAAGGUUGCAAGACCUGGAGAGUAAGGUUUUGGAGGCAGAAACACUGAAUGGAAACAUGGCUGAGGAAAAGAACAAAUACGCAAAACUACUUAAAGAAGAGAAGGCAAACUCUCUGCAAAAUGAAACCAGGAUUGAGAAAUUGGAGAAGUCAAACGAGAAGCUGCAGCUCAGCAGGAAAAAGAUUCAGGAAGCGCUCGCUAAGACUACCGUCCUCCUGGAUGAGGCCAAGAUUCGGGAAGAUGCCCGAAAUGUUCAGCACAAAUGUCUUGAGAAAGAAUAUGGAGCGCUAAAAGAAGAAAAUAAAACACUUAAAACUACUAUUAAAGGCUGGGAGGACAAACACAAGGAGCUAAACGAGAAGAUUAAAGUCUAUCAAAAGUCCCAGAAAGAGCUGGAGGACUCGGUGGUGCUCAAAGAUCACAAUGUGGAGGUGCUGUCUGAACUUCUGGCAGACCUAGAUGCUUGUGAUUCACAAAAAGGUGACAAAGUUUUAGCCAAUGGAGAAGUUGCACCUGACAAGAAGACAGCCAUAAAGAACAGGAUCAAACAGAUGAUGGAUGUUUCUCGGGUCCAGACCACUCUCACUGUGGUUGAAGAAGAGCGUGAUCGCUUCAUGACAAAACUGCUGAAUGAAGAAAAGACUAGAAAGUCCCUGGAAGAACAACACCAGGAGCUGGAGCACUCUAUUGCAACCCUAAAAAGUGAGAAGAGCCACGUUGAAAACCAGUUCAAGAUCCUCCAGCAGAAAAAUGAAAUCAUGGUUGAAAUGUAUCAGCAGAAGGAAAACGCUCUGCAGCAGAGAUUAACAAAGGAGGAGUUGGAGCGACGCAGCAAAGAGAAUAUGCUGUCUGAAGUGGGAGGAAAAGCUCUUGAGGCCGAGGAGCAAGUUAAAGUGCUAAGACAACGCAUUAAUGAAAUGGAGGAGCAGAUGAAGAAGACAGAGGAAGUCUAUAAAGACCAGAUAAAAGAACAGGAAAACAAAACUCACUCAAACUGGGUAAAUGCUCGUAAUGCAGAGAGAGCUCUAAAUCAAGAGAAGCUUGAAUCAUCAAAGCUCCGUGAAAAACUGGCUGUACUGACCUCCCAACUUAAUGAGCGCCGUGCUCCUCUCUUCAGACCCAACUCUGGACAACCUGCAGGUCCUCGCCAAGGUGAUUCUUACGGGCCCUCUCCUGUGAGCGGGGGUGCACCAUCCCCUCCGCUAAUGAUAGAGGGUCCCAGGCGCCCUCCGUCUGCCCCAGUGGGGCGAAGAAAUGACCCGUAUGGUCCACGACCUCCAUCAGACCCACAUGGCCGUUAUGCUGAAAACAAACACAUCUCUGGGAUGGACAUGAUGGGCCCCCGUAGCUCCUCACCUGCCAACAUGGAUGCCUCUACACAAGCAGUAGAUCCACAGAUAAAAGCAGAGACACAGGCUGAGGCCUCCACAGACAGUCCAGAGCCAGGUCCUGGAUCCUUCUUAGCAUCUCCAAUCAGGGACUCACCAGGUCCCAUGGUUCAAGGACCUCCACCCGGACCCCAUGACCCGCUCCUCCCUCCUGGACCCCACGGCCGCCUGCCACCUCCUGGAGCAUACAGACCACCACGACCUGGACUCUACCACCUCCCACCAGGUCCUCAUGGUCCUCCUCUUCCUCAUGGGCCACCACUACCGGCCAACGGACACCCAGGCAUGCCUCUGCCUGGACCAAUGGGAGGAGAGUUUGGACCUCGACCCACCAAUGGACAUGCAUUCCACCCCAGGCCAGGCCCUGGACAUGUCAUUGAUCCUCGGGGUCCACCACCGCCCCACUUCCGUCCCCCACCACCUCAUCACUUUGGACCGAUGCCUCCACAUGGUAUUCGUGGACCUAUGGGACCACGUCCACCCAUCCCACAUGACAUGCGUUUCCCAGGACCGCGUGACCACACCGGCCAACCAAUGAACCUUCCUCCGGGUGUCUCUCCCCAUCCUGCACUUGGUGAUGUUUACGGUCAGGCUCCACCCGAUGCCCUCCAGAACUCAGCGGGAGCUCUCACCGGCCCCGGACAGGACCUGCAUGUGAAGCAGGAGGCCCCUCAGGACUCAGCGAGGCCAGCGAUGGUCAAGCCUUAAAAGUGCCAGCAUUUUACGGCAGAGGACUUGAACUUACCCCGAAACUAUCACAGUAACGACCCAGAUCCAGUCCAACAUCGGUCAUGAUUAUUUUCAUAUUUCACUUAUAAAGUAAAAACUGCAAAUGUUUAUUAUAAAAAAGAAAUAUGGUCCUUAAAUUAAAGCAUCAUCAAUAAUUAUGUGUCUGAAUGAAUAAUAGUUAAAGAGGGUUGCCACUUUUUUAAACAGCUUAAUUGUGCAAUAAUAAUUCAUUAUAUGCCAGAGGAUUUCAUUUUCGUUGAUCUUUUAAAAAAAUAUAUAGCAAUGAUUUUUAAGGGGCUAAUUUCUAAAUGUCAUUUCCUGUGGAAAUUAUUUUAAAAAAAAGAGAAAAAGGAGGGAGGUUUAGCUUCUAGCAUUUCAGGAAUACCAUAAUUUUCCCAAAGCUGUGGCUUUAGAACCGACGGUGAAGCAAAUGUGUAAUUUGAUGGCCAGAUGUAUAACUUAUUUUACUAUGUUGGUAGAACUUUUAAUAAUAAAGAUUGUAAAAGCUG